AUCCCCCAAAGGAGGUGGAAAGUUGAAAUUUGUGAAAAAGUUAUGGACUAAAUUUGAGUAUCAUAUUCAAAGUAGAAUGUCAGGCUCCCCUUAGCUGGAAAGUGGAAUCAAGUCCGACCAUUGACCAGAAACAGAGUAUUUCCGUCAACUCCAGGCGACUCUAAUUCAAUUCCGAUUAGGAGAUCGAUGGCGUCAACCUCUUCUCGUCGUCAAUGGAAAUACGAUGUCUUUCUAAGUUUCAGGGGGUUCGAUACGCGCGGGAGUUUUACCGGUGAUCUGUAUUCUGCACUAAUUCGGACAGGAAUUCUCACCUUUCGGGACGACGCAGAGCUUGAGAGAGGAAAAUCCAUUAGGCCCGAACUUUUAGCUGCAAUUGAGGAUUCUAGAUCUGCGAUUGUCAUUCUCUCACGGAACUAUGCUCGUUCGUCAUGGUGCUUGGAUGAACUCGUCAAGAUUAUUCAAUGCAUGAAAGAGAUGGGCCAACAAGUCCUCCCCGUCUUCUUCUACGGCGUGGAUCCUUCUGAUGUGCGGCACCAAACGGGAUGUUUUGAGCUCAAAUGCGAACACCAAGUAGAUGUGGAAGUAAGGGAACAUGAAGAAGUUUAUCGGAACAAUAAUGAGGACAGACUAAAGGCGUGGAGAGCUGCUUUGACUGAGGUGGCCAAUCUUUCUGGCUGGGAUUGGAAGAAUUAUGGAAAUCCAACAAAGAUAAUUGAGGAAAUUGUUAAUCAUAUACUAAAGAAGUCCGUGUAUGCAUCUUCAAGUGUUGACAAGGGCUUCAUAGGAAUGAAUUCCCGCACUGAUGAUUUAUUAAGCAAUUACAUAUGUCCGCAGCUUGUUGGGGUGCGUUUUAUAGGGAUCCAUGGCAUGCGGGGCAUAGGCAAGACAACACUUGCUCGAGCUAUCUAUGAUGAAAUUUGUCAGGAUUUUGACCGAACCUGCUUUCUUUCCAAUGUUAGAGAAAUGUCUAAAAACAAUGGCCUAGUUUCUCUACAAGAAAAACUUCUUUCCAGAAUCCUGAUGGCAAAAUUUGAAAAUAUAGAGGAUGAAUACUUAGGAGUUGCUAUGAUAGAAAGGCGGUUGUGUAGAAGAAAGGUGCUUGUUGUUAUUGAUGAUGUGGAUCAGUUGAAACAAUUAGAGAAAUUGGCUGGAAGUCGCAACUGGUUUGGUCCAGGGAGUAGAAUUAUCAUAACCACCACAGAUUUUCAGUUGUUAAAGGCACAUGAUGUUGAUGCUUCGUACAAGGUUAACGGGUUAAACUGUGAUGAAGCACUUCAACUUUUGAGUUUGAAGGCUUUUAAGAAAUGGCCCCCACCAGAACAUUUUUUGCAUCUGUGCUACCAUAUUUUAGGGUAUGCUCAGGGGCUUCCGUUGGCUCUCGUGGUUUUAGGUUCUUUUCUGUUUGGUAGAAGCGCUGAUGAAUGGGAAAGUGCAAUAGAUAGGCUGAAGAACACACCACAUAAACAUAUUGUUGAGGUGCUUCGGAUUAGUUUUGAUGGACUGGAUGAAAAAGACAAAGAAAUAUUCCUACAUAUCGCUUGCUUUUACAAGGGAAAGGAUAAGGAUCGUGUGACACAAAUACUAGACUAUUGCCAGCUAAACCCUGUCAUUGGUUUAAGUGUUCUUGCUGAUAGAUCUCUCAUAACUAUCUCCGACGACAAAGAACUGUGGAUGCAUGAUUUGCUACAAGAAACAGGCUGUGAAAUUGUUCGUGAACAGUCUCCUACAGAUCCAGGCAAACGUAGUAGAUUAUGGUCUCAUGAAGACAUCAACAAUGUGCUGAAGAGAAAUAAAGGAACAGAUUCAAUCCAAGGCAUGGUAAUGGAGUUAACUAAAUUACAAGUGGCUCAUUGGAAGCCAGAAGCCUUUUCAAAUUUGUCUCAACUUAGUCUUCUCCAUAUUCGUAAUGUGGACCUUCCCAAAGGCCUCACUUGUCUUUCCAAUUCAUUGAGACUCCUCGAAUGGACUGGGUGUCCCUUAAGAUCUCUUCCAAAAGAAUUUAAAGCAGAUGAACUUAUUGAACUUAACUUGUGCCACAGCAACAUUAAACAGCUUUGGAAGGGAACAAAGAAUUUCGACAAGUUGAAGUUCAUCAAACUCUGCCAUUCUCAAAACAUUGUGGAGAUCCCAGACCUCGAAGGUGUUCAGAAUCUUGAGACUUUAGAUCUUGAAGGAUGUUCUCAUUUGGUAAGAAUCCAUCAAUCCCUUGGAUUUCUCAAAAAGCUUAUUGUCCUGAAUUUUAGAGACUGCAAAAGUCUCAAGAGUUUGCCAAGUAGAAUUGAAAUGGAAUCUCUUGAAACAUUAAUUCUUUCUAACUGCUCAAAAGUUAAGAAGAUUCCCGAGUUUGUUGGGAAUAUGGAACGUUUGUCGGUGCUUUAUGUUGAUGGGACUGCCAUUAAGGAACUCCCUAUUUCAAUUGAACAGCUGAGUGGCCUUGUGUCAUUGAAUCUAAGCAACUGCAGAAAUCUUGUUUGUCUCCCAAGCACCAUCAAUAAAUUGAAGUCUGUUGAGAAUCUUAAUCUUUCUGGAUGCUUGAAACUCGGCAAACAUCAGGUAAAUGUGGGGGAGAUUGACUGUUUUGAGGAAAUGUCAUCUACCCAUGAUCGCAUAAAAUAUGUGAGAGGUUCAAUCUUUCAUGGACGCAAAGUAGUUUGGCGAUAUUUAAAUAAGUUCUUGCCUUCUGGUUUGGUGCAAAAAGUGAAUACAGAGCCAACGAGUUUCCGCUUGCCUAUUUCUGGUCUGUGUAAUUUAACAUAUCUGAACCUGAGUAAUUGCAAUCUUGGUGAAGGAGCAUUUGCCAACGAAUUUGGUUACUUUCCCUCUUUGGUGACCUUGAAUCUGAGUGGAAACAAUUUUGUUCGCGUUCCUUCAGGCAUUCGAUUGCUUUCUAAGCUUGAGUACUUUAACUUGGAGAAUUGCAAGAGACUUCAAGAGUUGUCAGACCUUCCAUCAAAUAAUAGACUAGAUUUAAGGGCGGAUGGUUGUACUUCACUGAAAUACUUGUUUGAUGCAUCAAAUUUGAACAGAUUAGACAAAUCAUAUUUCAAUUUCAUCAAUUGCUUCAAUCUAAAUGGUAAUGAAGGAUGCAAUAACGUAGCAUUUGAAAUGCUGAAGACAUUAAUGUAUCAGGGAAUCUCUAAUAAGAGGGAAACUUUUCAAAUUGUAAUUCCUGGAAGUAAUAUUCAUGAGUGGUUCAGCCAUCAGAGUGUUGGGUGUUCAUUAAGUGUAUCUCUACCUGUACAUUGGAAUAACAGUCAGUUUUUGGGAUUUGCUUUGUGUGCUGUUUUUGUACUCCAUGAGCACUAUCCGGUGAAUGAGCUUUAUAUAGAUGAAUUCAAGACAUUUAAUGCAACACAUCAUCUUGUAUGCUGCCUGGAGCUCGAUGGGAGAGAAUUGGAAGUAUAUGGCAGACGGCCUGCAUUUCGCUUUAGUGAAGAAUUUUGCCAGGUUGAAUCAGAUCACCUGUGGCUAUUCUAUGUAUCUCGUGAUAACUACUUUGGUACUGAGUGGUGGCAUAACAGUUGCAGUCAGCUUGAGUUCUUAUUUGAAACCAGAGGGCCGGGUCUGGAGGUGAAGGAGUGUGGAGUCCGACUGAUAUAUGAGCAAGAAGUGCAAGAGUUGAACCAAACAACCACUCGCAGUAGGAUGUCUCCUUAUGCGGAUAUAUUGAUUGGUUUUGACAUUCCAGUUGCAGGGGAAACCAGUGGCACUGGUAGCAGAACUUGCACGCUUGAAGAAUUGUAGGACUGGCAGAAAUAUAGGGGAUCCAGUGAUCCACCACUGGCCACACUGAAAGACCACAAUUAAGGACGUUCUGAUCCCAUGGCUCGAAAUGAGUUGCAGAUCAUGAAUGGACAAUGCCUCCUCUUCUCUCAUUUAAAUUUCUGCAGAAAUUACUUUCUGGAGCUCUCUUGCCUUCAUCUUUUACAGUAAGCCUAGCUCAUCAUCAGGACCUUCCCAAACCAAAGCUUCUGAUCAUUUUGUCAGCAUGGGAUUUUCUCAUAAUAUGGUUGCCAAAGCCAUCCAAGAACAUGGCUCUUGAAAGUACUCCUCUGGAGCAACAUUCUCUGCCAGAGCUGCAUUCUCCUCCAGAACAGCGCUCUCCUCAAGAACAGCAACAAUUUGACUCGGAUCUCUUUUCUUCAGAUUAUGAUGGGAGCUUUCUAGAUGGUUUUUGAGAUCUCGAUAGCUCUGAUGAUGAGGCUAGUACAUCAAUUGACAUGGGAUUAUUGGUUCAUGGCAAUGCCACUUCAAUUGCAUGUUACAUAUGUGGACUUCACAGAAAAUUAAUCAACUAUUUUUGGAGGUAACCAUCGAUCCUACAUCUGAGGCGGAUACAAAACUUAUGUCCUUGGUUAAAAUGGGGUACAAUGAAUUGGAGGCUUCAAUGGCAAUAGAAAGAUGCGGUAUUGACUCGUCACUUGUUGAAUUUCAUAUCAACUGCUCAAAUUUCAAAGGCAGAAGAUGGCCAUCUUCCCCUUGAAGAGAUGCGUACACAUCUGCGGAGUAAGUAUCCUGAGAAGAAUAAAAGGGAACUUUGUGAAUU